AUGGAAGCCGCUCGUGAGGGGGAAAAUAACUCUAAUGCCCAACCUCACCUACAAGAAGGGGUUGGAGAACAUUUUUCUGAUCCUAAUCCUCUUAGCACAAGUGGAUCUGAAGCGGGAAAUAAUCGGGGGACAAGAGUUGAGCCACACCCCCAAAUGAGUCAUGGUGCUCCUGCUGCUGAUCCUCCUUUUCAACAAAUGGCUGAUUUCUUUCAUCACAUGGCUAGAAGAAUUCCUGACCCUGAUGAAAUGAACUAUGAGAAAAUGAGAAAAAUGGGGGGAGUUGAGUUUGAAGGAACUGUUGACCCUACCGAUGUCGAUGUACCAAAUGCCAGGGCAAAACCUCCUGUUCUUACUUGGGAUGAUUUUAUGAAGGAAUUUCAUAAGAAGUAUGUCCCACCUGCUUAUCACGAUGCAAAGAAAAAAGAGUUCUUAAAUUUAGAGCAAGGGAGCAUGUCUAUCGCUGAAUAUCAGCAGCAAUUUCUCAGGCUGUCCCGCUAUGCUGGGGGUAUUAUUAAUGAUGAAAAAGAUAAGUGCAGGCGGUUCGAAGACGGUUUAAAUGAUUCUAUCAAAAAAUCUGUAGCGGUCCUACAACAUGAAAAUUUUUGUAAAUUAGUUUCAGCUGCUCUUACUUGGGAAAGGAUCGACAAGGAACAAACUGGUAGAAAUGAACACAAGUUCAGGAAAGCUUAUGCAGAUUCAGGAGGUCCAUCAAAAAGAGGGAAAUUUGACAGUUCCACAGCUAAUACUUUUCGCAAGAUAGCCCAACAUAAGCAGAAUAGAUCAAAUUACUCUACUGCCAGCACUCCAAACUAUGGUCAAGGCAAGACUCGUAUACCCACUUGUGCACAAUGUGGGAAAAAUCACUUUGGUACUUGUAGAAGAGCUUCUGGUGCUUGUUUUAAUUGUGGGAGCUUCGAUCAUAAAGUGAGGGAUUGUCCUAAUCCUAAUCCCAUUUCUUCUCCGCAUACGGAAGUCUCUGUUCAGAAACCUAUUACCACUCAAUCUCAAGGGAAUAGAGGUGCAAGAUCUAGAAACACACAAGCAACAGGUGCAGGUGGAUCCAAUCAAGCGAGUGGAUCAAGAGCUACAGCACGAGCUUAUGCGAUGAGACAGAGAGAUGAACAAGAUGGAGCAGAUGUGGUUGUUGGUGAUAUGCAAGGCGGGAUAUGAAGAUGGUCAUGUGGAGUAGACUUUUUGGGAGCUCUUUUGAAGAUCACAUAUGCAUAUACAUCUAGUUUUUGUAUAUUAUUUUGGGGACUUGUACAUGAUACAUGUGUGACACUUAUGUACGAAAUUUUUAAAGGCUUGUAACUUAAACCAUGUGACUAAUUUUGUUAUUUUAGAGUGUGCUUUUAACUCAAGUAAUGCAAUAUACUAGGUCAUAUUUUGACUUGUCAUUAUGCACGAAGGAAUAUAA